AUGCCGAAGCCGCCGUUGCUGCUACGGGGGAGCCGCCCCGGGGACAGCGAGCUGGGGCGGCAGUUCCGGGACUGGUGCCUGCGCACCUACGGGGACUCUGCUAAAACCAAGACGGUGACCCGGAGCAAGUACCAGCGCAUCGCCGAGGUGCUGCAGGGGGGAUCCGGCUCCGGCGGCGGCUCCGGCGGGGGGGAGAAAGGCAAGUUCCAGUUCUGGGUCCGGUCCAAGGGCUUCCGCCUGGGAAACGGCACCAGGGAGGCGACGAAGAUGGGUCAAGUGGUGGUAUAUGUGCCGGUGAAAACGGGAACGGGGGCAGAUGGACUGACGGAGCCUGAGGGCAUCUCUCUGAAGCGCGUGGCUGUGGUGGAAGAUUUCUUUGACAUCAUCUACUCGAUGCAUGUGGAGAGCUCAUCGGAGCCGGGCAAAGCACCCAAACAUGCUGGGCAGAAGAAAACCUACCGAGCGAUCGCAGAGACCUACGCGUUCCUGCCGAGAGAAGCCGUGACCAGGUUCCUGAUGAGCUGCACCGAGUGCCAGAAGAGGAUGCAUUUCAACUCCAACGGCCUGGAGCCCAAAGAGAGUGAACCACCCUCCUCCUUGGUUUCUGGGAUCAUUGACUACAACAUGCCCCUCACCUCCACCUACCUGAAGCAAAUGAAGCUGCGGGUGAUGAACUCCCAGGAGCAGGAUGAGACAUCGGUGAGCAGCGAGGACUUUGAUAUGAACGACUCCACAUGGAUCUCAGCUGACCAGCACCUGAACUCCAGCCUGAGCCCCAGCCAGGACGAGAGCAUGCGCAGCCCGCAGAACCUGCCCGGCCAUGAGGACGAUGACUCCUCAUCAGAGAGCUGCAGUGGGAAUGGCUCCUCCACCCUGAACCCCUCGACCUCGAGCAGCACUCAGGGGGACAGCACCUUCCCCGAGAUGAACGGCAAUGGCCCCGCAGCUCCCAUGGACUUCACGGCGGCGGCCGACGAGCAGCCCAUCAACCUGUGCGACAAGCUGGCCCCGGCUCACGGCACCCCCUCCUACCAGGGGGAUGGCUGCGGCACCGAUGGGCUGCGCAGCAGGGGCAAGUACAGCGGGAAGAGCACGGCAGAGUCCCCUCCAUACAGCUCUGGCAGCUACGACUCCAUCAAGACAGAAGUCAGCGGCUGCCCCGAGGACCUGACCGUCGGCAGGGCCCCCACGGCCGAUGAAGAUGAUGAUGACCACGAUGACCAUGAAGACAACGAUAAGAUCAAUGACUCAGAGGGGAUGGACCCAGAGAGGCUAAAGGCCUUCAAUAUGUUUGUGCGCCUGUUCGUGGAUGAGAACCUGGACCGGAUGGUUCCCAUCUCCAAGCAGCCCAAGGAGAAGAUCCAGGCCAUCAUCGAGUCCUGCAGCCGGCAGUUCCCCGAGUUCCAGGAGCGGGCACGCAAGCGCAUCCGCACCUACCUCAAAUCCUGCCGCCGCAUGAAGAAGAACGGGAUGGAGAUGACCAGGCCCACACCACCACACCUGACCUCAGCCAUGGCAGAGAACAUCCUGGCUGCUGCCUGUGAGAGCGAGACACGGAAAGCAGCCAAGAGGAUGCGGCUGGAGAUCUACCAGACCUCCCAGGACGAGCCGAUUGCUCUUGACAAGCAGCACUCCCGAGACUCCACAGCCAUCACCCACUCCUCCUACUCACUGCCAGCUUCAUCUUACUCCCAAGACCCAGUCUACAUCAAUGGAAGCCUCAACUACAGCUACCGUGGCUACGGGUCCUUGGGGGGCAGCCUGCAGCCGCCUGCCUCCCUCCAGACGGGCAACCACAGUAACGGUCCCACGGAUCUCAGCAUGAAAGGUGGAGCCUCGAGCACGGCACCGUCCAACAGCACCAGCAGGGCAAUGCCGGCGGCACAGCUGAGCCCCACGGAGAUCAGUGCCGUGCGGCAGCUCAUUGCCGGUUACCGGGAGUCCGCAGCCUUCCUGCUCCGCUCGGCAGACGAACUGGAAAACCUCAUUUUACAGCAGAACUGAUGCUCCUCUGGCUCCAAGACAAUUCCUACCUGCUGGAAGCGGCUCCCGGCGCGUCCUGCUCAGGGCUGGCAUCGCCCUCCCGUCCGGGUACACGUAGGUUUAGAAGGUGGAAUCCAAAAGACCUCUUUUGUUUUACACUCCGAGCACCUGGGACUCGAGGCACAAGGACACGUUUUGAACCAGACCAACAGCCAAACCCGCGGCUUGGGAGGACGUGGGGCUUCCAGGGCAGAAGGGAGCCUGGGGAGGUUUGGGGCUGCAGAUGUAUUUAGAAUAACCUUUGUGGACCCAAAUGUUAGAUUCCUGUCCCCAGAUGAUUUCCGAGUCUUAGGUGAGCUGAUCACAUAUUUAUUGAGAACUGGACCCUCCUCUCCCCUUAGUAAUUUAUUUUUCUGAAAAUGGAACCUUUUGAGUUUGUACAGAUUGCCACGUUCUUGUUGUCUGAUCAGGAGGCAUUGAUUCCUGUGAAAUAACACAUUCCAUAUCACCACACUGCUCAUUCCCAGGCAGCUCGGCCUGUUUCUCUGGGGAGCCCUUGCCUGGCAGGGAGCACGGCUGCCGUCCGGCCCCGGACUCGAGGCUGCUCGGCCUCCGGCGCACGGAGCAGCGCCCGGCUCAGCCUCGCCUCCGAGCGGCCUCGCACAGACUCGGCCUCGCGCCGCAGCCUCCGGCACCCGCGGCAGUCCUGGCGGACAGGAGAAGGAAGGAAGGGAAGAACCUGAGGAACGCGGCCUCGCGGGCACCAUCCGUUCUCUACCUCAGCCUCCGUUGUGGGCUCCUGCCAGGGCUGGCGGCGCCGGUCCUGGUGGUGACCCCGGAGAGGCCUCCAUCAGCUGCAGCCUGGUUGAAGUCUGACUUAGACACGUUUUAGCUGGCGUUCCCAGAUCACCUUUGAACUUGUCUUAGCACGUAGUGAAGUAGCUCUUACACUUUGUUGACUGCUGUAGGAGGCGGAUGAGGUUCGUGGUUGCUUAGGAAGGUCCCGUCCUGCCAACUGAUGUUCAGAACUUGCAGCUGAAUGGUACAGGCUCAGAUUCCCCAAGCCCCAGUGACAGCCUCGUCUGUGACGAGUUCCGACUCCAAUGGGAUUGACUGUGAAUUCCUGUCAGGGAUCUUUUCCUUUCUUCUUUCUUUCGUUUCCUUCGGGUGAGCUGCAGCUUUGGAGCCUCUUGGCACAAGCUCCACAGACACCUCAGUGCUCUCCAGCUCGGCUGCGGCUCCUCUGUGCUCCAGGACUGUUUCACAGCCACAUCCCUGCGCUCCCACCAGGCAGGACGGGGUCAGGAAUCUCUUAUCCGGGUUUCCCAACGCGAAGGAAUGAGCAGGAGCAGAAUCCACCAGCUCUGCAGACCUGAGAGGUGGAAGGAGAAUGCGGGGUUAGCAAUGGUCUGGAUGGGCCGGGCUUUACCUUAGGAGCUCAGCACUGCUUGAGAACAUAGAGUCUUAAGUUCAUGGUCUUGUAUUUGGGUUGAACCCCGACCAUCCCUGCCCCGGGUUGCUCCGUGGGGCUGUGAGCAGACGUACCCUGUACCUCCCCGAGCCCCGCGGCUCCCGUACCAGUUCAUGACAAACAGAUGCUGCUGCUUUGAACUCAGAGGGUUGAUAGACUUUUCAUUUGUAAGGUUUUGUAAGACUUUUUACAAGGUAGCUUAGACCCCCCGGCCCCAACACCCAUCCCUGCUCUGGUUUUUAUAUCAUUUAGUGGUGCUUUAGGACCUUCUGUUUGGUUGUUCCGGAGCCGCACGCUCCGCUCUUCGCCUGUAUCUACCUAAGACCAAUGUGAACCUUUGUAUUUUUGCUCCUCUUUUGGACUCAGUGAAAGUGUCCUGUUUACAUGUACAGAACCCCCGGCCCCCGUGUGUUCUGCGAGACCCGCUCGUCGAGAGGAAGAUGCACCUCACCCAGUUCGUCUGCUUAACCCAGCCACAGCCUCACUCACCCCAACACGCACCCGCCCCGAGGAACACCCCCCCAAAGCUGAACCCCCCGGCAGCAGCAGUGGGGUUUGCACAAGGGAUUCUCUUGUCCCCCAGAGCCGGUUCAGGUGGAGCCGAUGCGGAGCUGCCGAUCCCACUGCUCCCAUCCCCAUCCGAGAGCUCAGAGCAGGGGUCACACCAUGCAGGGGAGGACUGGUGGGGAUCGGGAGGGAUAACCCCCCCCAGGAUCGGGAACAGCCUUUCCCAAACCACAGGGAUGGGCCAAGCUGAGCUCGGGUUGCGAGGGGGGGAGCGCAUCCCAUGGGAGGCUCCCAAAGGAAGCGGCUCUUUGGAAAGCCGGCGCUAUCCCGAGGCUCGGGUAGAAGCAUAUGGCACUUAACCCGGCUUUUAAGGUGACACUUUAUUGCUUAAUCAAUGGAUUCCUUUUGAAAUGAUAUUUUUGCAGAUAGGCACCUAUGCAACUUAAUGUGGCUCUUAAGCAGAUGAGCACUUCCUCCUCAACGGGCUUGAUAAGAGUUAUUUGUGUUCUAUACUGUGGAUUUUUCCAGUAAAUGUGGCUUAAUAUUUUAAUUCUUAGGAUGUGUGUCUAUUAUAUAUGUGAUGCAACUGAAUUCUGUUCUGUUCGUGGAAUGAUUAGCACAGGCCAACUCCCUGUUCCCCUCACUUAACAAAGACCAAUGAGCUGUUAAUCAAGCUGUUAUCUCCAUGGUAUUACUUGCUAAAUGCACUGAUUUCAUAAGUAUGUGGAAUCCUUUUUGGGGUUUUUUUCUUUCUUUUUUGGUUUUUUUCUUUCGAAUCUGUAUAUCAUAUAUAAGACUGAAUCUACUUAAUAAACACUGUAUAACAAGAA